CCACCUCCUCUCCCCGGAGCCCGGGGCAUGAACGGCUACGGCUCCCCCUACCUGUACAUGGGCGGCCCGGUGUCGCAGCCGCCACGGGCGCCCCUCCAGCGCACGCCCAAGUGCGCGCGCUGCCGAAACCACGGCGUGCUGUCCUGGCUCAAGGGCCACAAGCGCUACUGUCGCUUCAAGGACUGCACCUGCGAGAAAUGCAUCCUGAUCAUCGAGCGCCAGAGGGUCAUGGCGGCGCAGGUGGCGCUGCGCCGGCAGCAGGCCAACGAGAGCCUGGAGAGCCUCAUCCCCGACUCCCUGCGCGCUCUGCCCGGGCCCCCGCCAUCUGGGGACACCGCUGCCACCCCCCAGCCGUCGCCAGCCUCGCAGCCGUCUCAGCCGCCGCCGCGCCCCGCCGCCGAGUUGGCCACGGCCGCCGCGCUGCGCUGGGCAACUGAGCCCCAGACCGGGACACUGCAGACGCAGCUAGCCAAGCCAGAUUUGACUGAAGAGCACCUUGGGGACAGCAGUUCAGCAGACAAUGCCGAGGGCUUCAGCGACAAAGACACCGACCAGAGGAGCUCCCCAGAUGUGGUCAAAAGUAAGAGCUGCUUCACCCCAGAGAGCCCCGAGAUAGUGUCGGUGGACGAAGGGGGGUACGCGAUGCAGAAAAACGGGGGCAACCCCGAGAGCCGCCCAGACAGCCCCAAGUACCACGCAGAGCAGAGCCACCUCCUGAUUGAGGGCCCAUCCGGGACGGUUUCUCUGCCCUUCAGCUUGAAAGCCAACAGGCCACCCUUGGAGGUGUUAAAGAAAAUCUUCCCCAACCAGAAACCCACGGUGCUGGAGCUCAUCCUGAAGGGCUGCGGGGGUGACCUGGUGAGCGCUGUGGAGGUUCUGCUGUCCAGCCGCUCCUCCACCACCACCGGGGCCGAGCGGACGGCCGUGGAAGCCGAGAGCUUGGUGCUGCCCUCCAAUGGCCACAUCUUCGAACACACCCUGAGCUCCUAUCCCCUUUCCUCCUCCAAGUGGUCGGUGGGCUCCGCCUUCCGAGUCCCUGACACCUUGCGCUUUUCCGCAGACUCCAGCAACGUCGUGCCCAACCCCCUGGCGGUGCCUCUGCAGCAUCCUUUCCCCCAGCCGCCCCGGUACCCGCUGAUGCUGAGGAAUACUUUGGCGAGAAACCAGUCCAGCCCCUUUUUGCCCAACGACGUCACUCUAUGGAACACCAUGACGCUGCAGCAGCAGUACCAGCUGAGGCCCCAGUAUGUCAGUCCCUUCCCUAGUAACUCCACCAGCGUCUUCCGGAGCUCGCCUGUGCUCUCCUCCCGCACCACAGAGGACCCUCGGAUCUCCAUUCCCGACGAUGGGUGUCCAAUCGUGACAAAGCAACCCAUCUACACGGAAGAUGACUAUGACGAAAGGUCCGACUCUUCCGACUCGAGAAUACUCAACACAUCAUCCUAA